UUUUUUUUUUUUCUUUUUUUAACUUGUUUCCUGAUUGUACAUAACAAACAUUCUCCUUCAUACUAAAUGUAUAUGUCUAGUUGUAUUACAAUACUCUCUUGUCUUUUUUGUUGGUUUUUAUGCAUUCCGUUAGUGUAUGCUUCAGCCAUUGAUAAUGAACUUUGUGCAGAUGUUCAAGUCUUGUAUCCUACUAGCCAUUCCCUUGUGGACGAAAAUCAAGACCCCACCGCCUAUGUUGUCAUUCGUAAAGAAAGAAUAUUUUCUCCAAAAAUCUUGAUAGGCUCAGCUUUUUUUUUUUUUUAUUCAUUAGGAAAUCAGCAUACUUCUUUAUCCUACUUGAAAACUAUUCUUGUCCAUAAACAAAAGAAAAAUGGUUGGUAUCUUAGUAAACAGAUUUGGAAUGAUGCUCAAGAUCAGGAACACAAACGCUUGGCUCAGGUGACCGCUGUCCAAUACAACCUAGAUGAACUCAAAACAGAUCUUCCAGACCAAUACUGGUAUAGGUAAGAAACGGUCUAUAUAUAUAACUCAUUCUAGAAAUAGUGUCUAAUCCUUUCCUUUUUUAAAAAAAAAAUUAAAAAAAAAAUAGUGUUCAAAUUGAUCAAAAUGGUGUAGAAUGUUGGGUAGAAUCGUUACAUUUUGAAAUGAAAUGAUUUCUUUUUUUUUUAUUUAAUAAAAAUAAAAUAGAAUAUAUAU